AUGACGGUGUUUGCUUUAGACGACACCUCCAUCUUCUUCGACGGAGGCUGCUACAGUUCUACCGACCACGGAGGCUGGCCAGCGGCUGAACAUAUCGCUUGUAUCCAUGUUGUGGCGGUAUUGGUGGUUGUUGUGCAGACAGUGCAGUCUUGUGAUGUGUGGUUGUGGUUGUGGAGCUUUGAAACAUUUAAGCCUAUGCAUGACAAGUGGAAAUCCAAUAUCGAGCAACACCUGAAAAUUGCAGGGGAAAAUCAGUUAGCCCAGUGCCUCCUCAAUGCGACCCUACAUGGUGCACUUAUUCUUGUUGUACAGUGUAAAAUAGUUUCCUACAGUGGAAUGUGUGGCAUCAUGGUACGUGAAACUAAAGAAACAUUUGGAAUUAUUACUCAAGAUAACAAAUUCCGAGCUGUACCCAAGAAGCUUUCUGUUUUCAUGUUCCAAGCUGAUAGCUGGAAGAUAACACUGGAUGGAGAUAAUCUGACAUCCAGAAACUUGGUCCCAUGA